GAGGUGAAUGAGUCUAAUUGAGGAUCUAUAUCACUGGCCUAAACGAGACGUUUAACAUUUUAUAAUAUGUUCCGUCUGAGAACUUAGAAAUUUCAGGGUUCUUUGUUUAUCUGCUCCAAGGUCUGAAAUUGACCUCUGAGCUGUUGGACAAACCAUAAUCACAGGAGGGUCGGUGAUAGUUUUUGGAUUGUGUUGUUGCUUUGCAAGCAACCCAAGGUACUCUGCCUCGAAAUCUUGAAAUUUUGGUCGCUAGUCUUUGCCAUUAGCUUAGAUUAUUGUAUCAUUUCCCGGUUUUGGCUAUAAUUUUUUAAUGUAAUUCCGUGUUGACAUCUUAUGGGUUUCAACUCUAGAACAUGCUAAAGAUGGUUUACCAUUGGUAGUUUGCUGGGGUUAGAAGUUGGUUCCUAGUAUUUUCCUCAGUUUGUGAAUUCUGUAUUCUUUUGGGUUACUCCGAGUGAAUCCCAUUGUUUUACACAUUGGAUGAGUAAAACUCGGUCCUUGAAUUGGGGAUUUGUAGGGGUAUUAAUUGGUUGCACAGAGGAACUGAUACAAAGGGGUUUUUGAUGUGGAAAAUUGGUCUUAAGUGCAAGACAUGCUGAGCUCUGAUGAGGGAGACGGUGAUGUGUUCUUUGAUUCAGUGGAUUGCUUGUCAAAUGAAGAGUCUGUUGUAGCUAAGGAAGGAGCUGGGUGUCUAAAGUUGGGGUAUGAAAUUUGGAUGGAUGAGCCACAGAGUAUCAAGCAAAGACGACAGAGAUUUUUUCAUGGAAUCGGUCUUGAUGAGUUCGUACCUGAGAAUGAAGUCUGCCUAGACAACUCAUCACAAAUUCUGGGUGUUGAGAGGAUUAUUCAGUCUAGUGGUGCUGUCAUGAGCUCCUCAGUUUCUCAUGGUGAUGUUUCUGAAGUAGAUUUUGUUUGUUGUGAAAGGGAAAGGACAUGUGAAACUAACUCGAUGGCUGAUGAAUGGGAACAAGACCAGAAGGCAGUUAUUCAGGGUGAGUAUAAUGGACUUUCUCCUACUGAAGAAUUUGAGCAAAGAGAAGCUCAAGUUCAUUUAGAGGAUGAUAAGAAUGCUAAUGUAAACAAGAAGAAACUCAAAAAGUUGUGGAAACAUAUUGUCAAAAUGAGGAGAAGACAUAACAGAUGUGCACCUGAGGUGUCAAAACCAUAUAUUGAAGUGCCUGUGAUAAAUGGAAUCAAGGUGAAGCCAAACAAGAAGCAGUACAUGGAGUUCACAGCACUUUAUAUGGAACAAGAAAUUCAAGCUCAUAAGGGCUUCAUUUGGACAAUGAACUUUAGUCCAGAUGGGCAGUAUUUGGCUACUGGUGGUGAGGAUGGUGUUGUGCGAAUCUGGCAAGUAACGUCAACAGAUGCCUCUUGUGAACCCUUCAUGACUGGGAGCAAUAUUUAUAGCAAGAUGAAAGAAAGGAAAUCCGGUUUUGUUGGGAAAAUGUCAAGUCAAGCACCAGUGAUUAUUCCAAAAUACAAUUUUCAGAUUGAAGAGUCGCCACUCCAAGAAUUUCAUGGUCAUAGCAGUGAUGUUUUAGAUCUUGCAUGGUCCAGUUCAAAUUUCCUUCUUUCAUCUUCCAUGGAUAAAACUGUUCGUCUCUGGCAAGUGGGCUGUGAUCAUUGUCUAAAUCAGUUCCAUCAUAAUAAUUAUGUGACAUGCAUUCAGUUCAAUCCCAAUGAUGAGAAUUUCUUCAUCAGUGGCUGCAUAGAUGGAAAAGUUAGAAUUUGGGGAGUGUCUGAGAAGCAAGUUGUUGAUUGGGCUGAUAUGCGAGAUGUUAUAACUGCUAUAUGCUACCAGAACAAUGGGAAGGGUUUUAUUGUUGGUACCAUUACAGGCAGGUGCCGCUUUUAUGAGGCAUUAGGUGAUGAUGUAAAGCUGACGGCAGAGAUCCAUAUUCAGGGCAGAAAGAAAGCCUCUGGCAACAGAAUUACAGGCAUUCAGUGCUGUCAAGAUGAAUCUCAAAGAUUUAUGAUAACUUCAGAAGACUCCAAAGUCCGAAUAUUUGAUGGACUAGAUGUUGUUCAUAAAUUUAGAGGUGUUCCAAAGUCAGGGAGCCAGAUGUCGGCAUCUUUUACUUCAACUGGGAGACAUAUAAUCUCAGUUGGAGAGGACUGUCAUGUUUAUGUCUGGAACUACAACAAUUUUGGCAUACAGUCUCAGAAGCAUAAAAAAUCAGUGAGUUCUUGUGAACGUUUCUUCUGUGAAGAUGUGUCUGUUGCGGUACCAUGGUCAGGCCCUGGUUUGGGGCAGAUGCACGUUGGUGUUGGUCCCCAUUGUUGUUCCACAGGACACGAUCACUUAGAGGGUGCUUGCCGGAUCAGAGAAUCAGGUCAAUUCUCUAUCGGUAACUGGUUAUCCAUGGAUGUGACUUCUUUUAGGGGCAGCUCAGCCACUUGGCCUGAGGAAAAACUUCAUUUGUGGGAUGUAACAUUUGGAGAAGAUGAAGUUUAUGCAUCCAGAACUGCAGACCAUAAGCAGCAGCAGCAUCAUUGCUGGAGAACCAGCAACAGCAUGGUCCCAUCAGAGACAUGGGGACUUGUUAUUGUUGCAGCAGGAUGGGAUGGAAGGAUCAAGACGUUUCGCAACCAUGGAAUGCCCGUUAGACUUUAGGCCAAAAACCUAUUUUUAGUCCUAUACCUUAAUAAAGAUAUAGGUUUUAGCUCAUCACCUUAUACUAUGAUAUUUUUAACCAUCCAUUUAUACAAAUUGAAAAAAAUAACCUUUACUUACGUCAUGUUAUAACAUUUUAUUAGUUGACAAUUAAUUUUAUUAGCUCAU